AUGGACGCAGUGUACAAGCUCUUGACAGAUGCUGGCCUCAUGUACACCCAGAAAGUCAGCUCCACCUUCAUAGGGGUACACCCUAGCAACAGAGAUGGCUGCGGGGUCAGCACGAAGCACGUGCAUGACUUGCUUGCAGACCUGGUUUCUCUCGGAUGGUCUCAGUCCGAGUUUAAAGGCCUUUGUGUCGAAGUCUCUGACUCUGAGCGCUCAUCGGUUUAUCAAUGGAACAAAGAACUAGUAGACAACUCGGACGGACAGCUUCCGGACUUUCCAUCGGAAGCCCAUGUCAAAUAUGCUACGAUCGGAGGUAGCCACACCAACCAGGUGCUGCGCUGUUUUCUGUCUAAAGUGCCAAGCAGUGCCGUCGGAGUCACAGACGGUGCUCGGCUGAGCCUUAACAGGCUUCAGGAACUCGACCGGGAUUUCUGGACUGCGUGCACAGAAGGCGCAACGUGGCGUGUGAUCUCGGGCAUUGUCCCGGAAAGAUUCCCCAGCUUUUGCGGUUUGGCGCAAUCCGCUGCCAACGCUUCGGGGCAUGUUGCUCGUGAGGAAUCCGAGCUACAACUGUGCCGAAAAAUACACACAGAGGUGGCGAAGGCUUACCAGGCAGGCAAAACCACCGUCACCUACCAGGAUGUGAAGGAAGCCGUGCUCAGGUCUAAACCGCGAGCGGCAGCGACGGUCCCAGCACUUUUCUUGUUCACGCUCCGGUACAGCGGAGGCCAAGCCCAGCUGCGGCACAUGAUCCUUCACUUCGCCUACGCAAUCGAUGAAGCUCGCAGCCUCACCGGCAGCGACAUCAAAAAGCUCUUGGGCCUCAGCAUGGUUGGCAAAGUGGCGCAUGCAACCGCACUACUCUCCAAGUGCAGGGAGCUGUGCACCAACAAUUCCGUGCCCGCCGCCAUCUCGCUUAAGUACCUCGGGUUUCUGCAAGUGCACAUCAUUGCCAUCUUGCUGGAGAAGAAGAAGAUCAUGAAACAGGAGACCGUAGAGAAGGCGGCUGAGGAAUGCAUCAAUGAAAUCUUGCGUGAGACCAAGAUGACUUUCGAGAACCCGUUUAAACACAGUUCUUCAGAAGGUUCCUCUUCCAGAUCCCCGUCGGGUAAGACGACCAAGGAGGAGCAGGGCUUGGUGCCGCUUGUUGGCAG